AUGGUGAACCUCUCCGUCCUGCGGCCAGCUCUGGCCUACAACCUAUGCUCCUCGGGCGCAUCCGCCCGGCUUGUUCCUCGCGCAUGGUUGAACAGCCCAGAUGCCGUGCCGGCUGCUUUCGUCGUUGACGCGCAGCGCAAAUGGCAUUCCAGCCAUGCGCAAGGCCGCCAAAUGAGAGCUCUCGUCCCGGCCGUCUGCCGCCCUUUACAGCUCGUUCGGCACGUCACGGUCGCGUCUAGCCCGAGCGCCGUGGCUACGGCGACAUACUCUACCGUCGUAGAGCCGCCCUCCGUGCCAUACUCCCAGCUCACCGUCGGCGUGCCAAAGGAGAUCUUUCUCAAUGAGCGUCGCGUUGCGUUGACUCCUCAGAACGUAGCCCUCCUCCUCAAAAAGGGAUUCUCCAAGGUCCUGGUCGAGCGCAGCGCUGGCGCCGAGGCUGAUUUCACCGACGAGGCCUACGAUCAUGCGGGCGCGACGCUCGUCGACGCCGCCGACCAGGUCUGGUCCGGCUCCGACGUAGUGCUCAAAGUCCGUAGCCCGAUUCCCUCUGAAAUUGAGCUCAUGAAGGAGAACCAGACCGUCAUCUCCUUUUUGCAGCCCGCCCAGAACAAGCCGCUGGUUGAGAAGCUUGCGGCGCAGAAGGCGACAUCUUUUGCCAUGGACCUCAUUCCGCGAAUCUCCCGCGCCCAGGUCUUCGACGCACUCAGCUCAAUGGCCAACAUUGCUGGUUACAAGGCGGUCCUCGAGGCGUCCAACAACUUUGGCCGCUUUCUGACUGGCCAGGUGACAGCCGCCGGCAAGAUCCCGCCCUGCAAAGUGCUUGUCAUCGGUGCUGGCGUCGCCGGACUCAGUGCGAUUGCGACUGCGAGGAGACUCGGCGCCAUCGUGCGAGGCUUCGACACGCGUCCAGCGGCUCGGGAGCAGGUGCAGUCUCUCGGCGCCGAGUUCAUCGAGGUCGACAUCAAGGAGGACGGCUCUGGUGCUGGCGGAUACGCCAAGGAGAUGUCCAAAGAGUUUAUCGAGGCCGAAAUGAAGCUCUUCUACGAGCAAGCGCGCGAAGUCGACAUCAUUAUUACCACCGCCUUGAUCCCCGGAAAGCCCGCUCCGAAGCUCAUCACGAAGUCCAUGCUUGAGGCCAUGAAACCUGGCUCCGUGGUGGUAGACCUGGCGGCUGAGGCCGGCGGCAACUGCGAAAAGACGAAGCCCGGAGAACUGUAUACCUACAAGGACGUUAAGAUCAUUGGCUACACUGACCUCCCUUCAAGACUGCCUACGCAAUCCUCGACUCUGUACUCCAACAACGUCACCAAGUUCUUCCUCUCCAUGGCACCCAAGGAGAAGGAAUUCGGCAUCGAUCUCACUGAUGAGGUUGUACGAGGAGCCAUCGUCACCCUGAAGGGCGAUGUCCUCCCCCCACCUCCCCGGAAGGCGCCGCCGCCAGCACCGGCUCAAGUUCCGCCCGUGACGAAAGAAGCUGAGGUCGUAGCCCUCACUCCUUUCCAGAAGACAUCCCGCGAAGUCGCGACGGUCACGGCAGGUAUGGGAGCCGCUUUGGCUUUGGGCAAGAUGACAGGCCCUCUGUUCAUGGGCAACGCCUUUACCUUCGCCCUCGCCUCUUUGAUCGGCUACAGGGUCGUGUGGGGGGUGACGCCAGCCCUUCAUUCACCUCUCAUGAGUGUCACCAACGCCAUCUCAGGCAUGGUUGGAAUUGGCGGUCUCUUCAUUUUGGGCGGCGGCUACGUCCCGCAAACCUUUCCUCAGGUCCUCGGCGCAGCUUCCGUCCUCCUCGCCUUCGUGAACGUGUCUGGCGGCUUUGUAAUCACAAAGCGUAUGCUGGACAUGUUCAAGCGGCCGACUGACCCGCCAGAAUACCCGUGGCUGUACGCCAUCCCAGCAGCCCUGUUUGGUGGAGGCUACAUCGCCGCAGCCGCUACGGGAACCGCAGGCCUUGUCCAGGCCGGUUAUGCUGUCAGCUCCGUGCUGUGCAUCAGCUCCCUCUCCAGUCUGGCUUCGCAAGCGACAGCCCGUAUGGGCAACAUGCUUGGCAUGCUCGGAGUAGGCUCCGGCGUGUUGGCGUCGCUGCUGGCCGUCGGCUUCUCCCCGGACGUCCUCGUGCAGUUCGGCGGCCUCGCAGCUUUGGGUAGCAUCGCCGGUAUACUCAUCGGAAAGCGGAUUACUCCUACAGACCUUCCUCAGACUGUCGCCGCACUCCACUCUGUCGUCGGUCUAGCGGCCGUGCUGACUUCCAUUGGAAGUGUCAUGGCGCACAUCGACGACAUUUCGACGCUGCACCUGGUUACAGGCUAUCUUGGCGUCCUCAUUGGUGGCAUCACCUUCACAGGCUCCAUCGUCGCCUUCCUCAAGCUCGCGGGACGGAUGUCGUCCCGCCCGAUUGUCCUCCCGGGCAAACACUUCCUCAAUUCGGGCAUGUUGACGGCCAAUAUCGCCACGAUGGGCGCGUUUGUGACCAUGGCGCCUGGCUCGCCCAUGAUCGCCGCCGCGGCCCUGUCAGCCAACACGAUCCUUUCCUUCGCCAAGGGGUUUACCACGACGGCCGCCAUUGGCGGGGCAGACAUGCCCGUCGUCAUCACCGUGCUCAACGCCUACUCGGGCUUCGCGCUCGUGGCAGAGGGUUUCAUGCUGGACAAUCCGCUCCUCACCACGGUCGGCGCGCUCAUUGGCGUGUCAGGCUCCAUCCUCUCUUACAUCAUGUGCGUGGCAAUGAAUCGUUCGCUCACAAACGUCCUUUUUGGCGGCAUAUCGGCGCCGGCACAGACGGACUACAAGAUGGAGGGCGUCGUGACGCAGACCAACAUCGAGGACACGGCCGAGGCGCUCAUCAACGCCGAGAACGUCAUCAUUGUUGUCGGGUACGGCAUGGCCGUCGCCAAGGCGCAGUACGCCAUCAGCGAGAUCACGAGCAUGCUCCGCGCCAAGGGCAUCAACGUCCGCUUCGCGAUCCACCCCGUGGCCGGUCGCAUGCCCGGGCAGUGCAAUGUGCUCCUGGCGGAGGCGAGCGUGCCGUACGACAUUGUACUGGAAAUGGACGAGAUCAACGACGACUUUGGGGAGACGGACGUCACUCUGGUCAUUGGCGCCAACGAUACCGUCAACCCCAUCGCGCUGGAACCGGGCAGCCCGAUCGCGGGUAUGCCCGUGCUGCAGGCGUGGAAGAGCAAGCAGGUCAUUGUGAUGAAGAGAGGCAUGGCCAGCGGCUAUGCCGACGUACCGAACCCCAUGUUCUACAUGCCCGGAACGCGCAUGUUGUUUGGAGACGCCAAAGUGACUUGCGACGGUGUGUAUUCCCUCGUUUUUCCGUCAGGACGUUCCGCUGACCACCCCUCGUAG